AUGCAAAAAGCCAAUAGACAUAUAAUGAGGCACGGUGUUUGUGAAAUUUGGUAAUCAGAUUUAGUGAUUGGUCCUUCAAAUCACUUUAUGUUAAAUUUGGCUUGAGAGCCCUCUAUGAUCAAGAAAAUAGCAACGCCCCAAUCGCAUGAAGAUGUAGUAUUGUUAGAAAUGCAUGGUUCAUGACCUUUGGUUAUCUCUGUGUCAUCAAGCUAUUUGGGAUGCUGGCACAUUCUGUAGAAAAGAGUUUCUCCUCACUUAGUCUCAGGUUCAACUUUUGGUAAUUUUUGGGCGCAAAACGACUUAGUCUCAGGUUCUCAGAUUCAGCUAUAAACGAGUUUUAAAACUAAUGAUAAUUCUUGGAAUUUGUGUCUUUUAAGGAUCCGUAGAUUUUGGUAGGCCAUGUUCUUUGAGCUUUAGUCUUUUGAACGAUUAGAUUGACAUUGUUUCCACCUCUGACUUCAUUCUCAACUUGCAUAUUCAUUGAUGUUUGCUUGUAUAUGUUUUACUCACCAUUUUAUGACGGAUGUUCUUAAUUUCUUGUGGUACUUUGUGGGGAAAUACGUUUAUCAUAUUUGCUUUUGGUAUCACCUAAAUCGAAAUCCUCUGUAUUUGGUUUCCUGAUUGCUUCAUUAUUCCUUCAUGUAUGGAUGCUCAUAUUUUACUCACCAUUAGAAAAUGUUUUUAUUUUCCUCUGCUGCUUUGUGGUGUUAUGCUUGUCACAAUGUCCUUCCCUUGUCCCUUUUGGAAGCUAGUCUUCAUUUUAUUGAUAUCAGCGAUACUUUAUAUGCACUAUUAGGUUCAUGAUUUUGGCUUCUUUCGUUAUGACCCGGAAGCAAUCAAAUUUCUGAGUUAUGAGGAAAUUCCACUUGCUCCUGAAGCUGCAUGUGUUGGACUGGAAAUUCGAGUAGUUGGCAAUGAUAGUGGUGAAAAGGUACAUUCAUCUCCACAUGUAGUCCUAUGUUCAAUUUUCAUGUGAAGUCUUCUUUGUGGAUGGAUUUUAUUGUGAUCAAAUAUGA